AUCGUUGAGCCUCGUUGGCGGGCGGGUUCCUCUAGGGAUUUUUUUCCUUGACUCAAAAAAAUUGCAGUUUUGCUAUCACUGUUGUUAUCCGGAUCCGGCAGUCCUGUGUGGUUCAUUCUCAAGGCGAAAAGUGUUGCUGGUGUGUUCAUCUCCCUUCGAGGACCAAGCGGACUGCCAAGAGCCCCGCAAUGCCCAGCAGAGAGUGCCACAGCCUCCACUCGUGCAGCAGCGCCUCCUCCGGGCCUGCCUCGCCUGCCUCCUCCCCGUCCCCGGGCGCCACCACCAACGACCCGCCUGACCUCAGCGGGGACUUCUACGUGGACGACCCUUUACUCGCCAGCCUGGUCGUGCUGGCGAUCUUCUCCCUGGUCGUGGGCCUCGGGGCGGAUUCCGGGCUGCUUCUCCGGGACGUCAUGAAGGGCGUGAAGCGAAGGAAGAGGCAAAAAUCGAGUCUUAGCUGUAGCCGGGUCCUCCUGUGCUCUUACGCAUCUGCCGGAAUCCUACACACGCUAGUUUAUACGCCCGUGCUCGUCGCCGCCCUCAUCAGGAACAAUGCCAGAGAGAGCACGAGUGCCUGGCCGUGCAGCAUCGGCUGGCUGGCGUGGGCGUGGAGUUGGGCGGUGCAGCUCGUGGGUGGGGUAAUGAUUACCUUUGAGCGCUACGUGGCUGUCACCUCCCCUAUUUCCGGUCAACUCUCGUGUCGCCUGGGUCUGCUGAUGGCAGGUAUAUCGUGGGUGUUUGGAGGCGUGGUAGGAGUCCUGAUUGCAGGCGGUCUUCCCUACUCGGUCUUGCAACUCGUGUGUUCUUCUGUCAACCAUGAGGAUCACAGCGGCGAAAGAGAGUUCAUGGUGGCGAUGUUAUACGUGGUAACACCUGGGGGUCUCCUUGCCUACGCGUUGGUGGUCUGCUUCUGGGCUCUGAUGGCCUCCGCUGUGAGGGAGCAGGGGAAAGUGAGCGUGAGCGCGGGCGGCAUCGUGAAGGAAAUGGGCGUGGGAGAGUGUGGGCGGCCGCGGUGUCCCUGCCAUGGCGAGGUAGAGCUGGUUACCAUCGCUAGGACGUCGGGUGCCUUCUGCCCCACCUGCGCCUCCUCCGGCUGGUGGGCGGACAUCCCGCAGCCGCAGGACAAACUGCAGGCCCUGUUAUGUUCCAUUGGGCAGUGGACGGCGCCUUUGCUCGUUGGGACUUCGUCGUCAUCCUCGGUCACCCAACCAGCGCUGACGAAGGGCGAUCCUCCGAUGGGCGACGCAGAGACAUCGAAGGGCGUCUCCUCUUCUACCAUCCCGAGCACGCCUUUGGACGAGGAAGACACCUUCACCCUGGGCGGCGUGUACAUUGGCUCGCUGGAAUCGCACAUUCGGACCCACCAGGCGUUCUGCAGCGGGAUGAACGUGCGGAGCCAAGGGUGCCAGACGGGCGAGCUGGAGGCGAGUCCGCCGGUGAUCGAGUGGCGGAUCCAAAUGUCCACUGAGGAGCUGAACCGAGCCAGCCCGACCCUAGUGCACAUGUCGACGCAGUGCAGCUUCACGGGCGAGGGCGAGUGGCCCCGGCCCUCGCGAAGCCCCUCGCAGCGCUCUGCCUGUCAGGUGCUGCAGGUGUCGGGGGAGGUUUGUGUGCGGGACGCCAGAGCCCGUCUGGCGGGGCGCACGCGCGUCGAAGCGGGGCGCUCAGUGCCCGCGUUUCUGUUGGUCCUCCUACAGAUGCUCCUGUGGCUGCCGCUGCCCAUUACGGCUCUCACGCUCUACUUCUCUUCGUGUAGCGCAACCUGGGCGUGGCGAGUACUGCUAGUGAUCCUCGCUGUGACGAACCUCUCCCCUGCGCUGACGUCUGCAGUUUAUCUCGUCGCCGCGCGGUAAGCUCGUGGACGUUCCAGGACUGGCAGCGUCCGCACCUUUCGUCGCCUCACGCCAUAUUCAGCUUGUACAUAUAGUGACGUAUGCCUCGCCUUGUCCCAAAUGGUCUUUGUGUGUAUGUAGUUAGAUGUAAACAUGAUGAUGCACAUUCUGUGUACGUAUCCUUUUGAUUUUCGGAAAUAUUGGUGUUACAUGUUUAUCACGAAUCUCCUAUAUACAUGUAAAUCAUUAUCGUUCCCAAAUCUCUGCACCUAAUUACUCCCCAAUACCAUCUUCACUUUCAGAAAACACUGAUGGUGAUGG